CACUAUAUCUCCAUCAUCCUUCUGAAUUAUGCGGCGGCGGUAGAUUAAUUCGGGCUAGCUCAUUGGGUCCUGAAUGUCUUGUACGCAAUCACGCAAUGUUAUCCCCGAGCACGUCACCGUUGGCUUGCAGGGUAUCGUCGCAACACCGCGCAAUCAACCAUAGCACAAUGUCGUUAUUAAAAUGAGGUCUAGUACUUUGGUUCCGGACCUCGCCAUCGCUAAUCGGCGUCGCUUUCAAUUCAUUGGCCAGCCGCAUCAGCUAUGAGCUGAAAGGUUCGCGAUAUUUAAGAGUUCCCAUCUUACCAUGCUUGUGAGAUGCACCUGUUUUCUAGUGUUAGUUUUUGCUGUAUUGUGUAAUUGAGAGCUUAACGAUGGUGCUCGGCAAGGUGAUUGAGACGGCCGAUCAGGCCGUCCAUGGCGAUGAAGAGGCUGCACCUGUCAACGUGGACGAAUCUACCGUCGCGGAUUGGACCGAAGCUGAAGAGCGUGCUGUGAAACGAAAGCUUGAUUUCAUUCUCUUGCCGAUCUUGGGUCUAGCAUUUUUCGCUCUGCAGAUGGACCGAGGAAAUAUCUCGAAUGCCCUUACAAGCACCAUCACAAAAGACCUUGGUGUCGAUACCAAUCAGAUCAAUGCUGGAAACAGUCUUCUAUCCGCGGGUAUUGUCCUACUAGAGAUCCCCUCCAAUAUCCUAUUGCAGCGGAUUGGACCCCGAAAUUGGCUAUCGGGUCAAAUUGUAGCAUGGGGCCUGGUCGCAACUUUCCAGAAUUUCAUUACGAAUUAUGGCGGAUAUCUUGCUACUCGCCUCUUGCUCGGAUUGUGUGAGGCGGGGUUCAUUCCUGGUUCGUUGUACACGAUGUCGACGUGGUACAAGAAAUCCGAGUCCAGCUUGCGCAUCUCAAUAUUCUUUUUAGGGAAUCUUAUUGCGUCAGCCACCACCUCAUUAAUCGGAGCCGGUAUUCUUAGUAUGGGAGACCGGUAUGGGGUGGCUGGAUGGAGAUGGCUCUUCAUAGUGGAGGGAGCUAUCACCAUCGGUGUGGGCAUCAUAUUCAUCCUCUUUCUGCCACCAAAGGUCGGAAACGGCUCACCAUUCAUAAGUUUCGGCCGGUGGUCGUACUUUAAUCGGCGAGAGUCGUAUAUCCUAGUCCGUCGCGUACUCCUCGACGACCCGGCCAAGACCACCAACCAUCUGCGCAUCUCGGGUAGCGAUGUCUGGGAAACCGUCAAGAACCCAAGGAUCCUGGUGCACAUCGUGAUCACGCUAACAAGCACGAUUCCCGUCAAUGCGAUCAACACGUACGGUCCAAGCGUUAUCAAGAGUCUGGGUUACGGCACCGUUCGAGCCAAUGCGAUGGCGAGUGUUGGUGCUUUCAUCGCAGCCAUUAUGACAGUACUCCUAGCUUGGGUAUGCGACACCACGAGAAAGAGGGCGCCGUCGAUGUUGAUUGGUGCGAUAUGGAGUAUAAUCGCAUUUACAUGUCUGCGAGAGGCAUCGAGUUGGACCGCGGGUAGAAAGUAUGCAGCGGUCGUCUUCUCGAUGGCUAUGAACUCCACCAUUCACAUUCUUAAUGUUGGUUGGUUAUCGGUGAAUUGCCAACGGCCGCAACAACGAAGCAUCGCUAUGGCGAUGAUCAUCAUGGGCGCCAAUGCUGGUGGUAUCGCUGGAUCUCAAGUAUUCCGUACUCAAGAUGCGCCUCUGUACCUGAAUGCUUUCACGGCUUGUUUGGUGCUUUCCGCAGUGGUGGCUGUAGAAAUCAUAGCGCAAAGUACUUGGUACUUCAUCAGCAAUAAGAAGUUAGAUAAAGAAGGAGAUGGUCCAAUUAUUGUCGGAAAGACGGAUGAGACUCCCGAUGGCCAGAAAGUUGAAUUGGUAAGGAAAUGGAGGUGGACAUGGUAG